AUGCUGACUCAACAUGUCAUCAUAAUCAAGGUACAGGUGCAGAUCACAGCAGAAAUGGGAAGCCCAGCUCACCACCUCUUGUCCCUACUUCUCAGCAGCUCCCUCUUACCGCUGACACCCGUGCCUGGCAGUGGGCACUUAGAGGUUCCAGCUAGCACUUCACCUGUCCGUGACAACAUGUGGAUCAACAAUCAGAGCUCUCGAGAUGACUUCAUCUUACUGGGAUUCUCCGACCGCCCCUGGCUGGAGACGCCACUCUUUGUAUUCUUUCUGGUGGCCUAUAUCUUUGCCUUAUUUGGGAACGUGUCCAUUAUCCUUGUUUCCCGCCUAGACCCCCAGCUUGACAGUCCCAUGUACUUUUUUGUCUCUAAUCUGUCUCUACUGGACCUCUGCUACACUACCAGCACCGUGCCACAGAUGUUAGUCAACCUUAGGGGACCAGAAAAGACCAUUAGCUAUGGUGGCUGUGUGGCCCAACUCUACAUUUUCUUGGCCUUGGGUUCUACUGAAUGCAUACUUCUAGCCAUCAUGGCCUUGGAUCGCUAUACUGCUGUUUGCAAGCCCCUGCACUACCCAAUCAUCAUGAGUCACAGACGCUGCAUCCACAUGGCCACUGGGACCUGGAUCAGUGGCUUUGCCAACUCCCUUGUGCAGUCCACCCUCACCGUGGUGGUCCCACGGUGUGGACACAGGGUGGUGGACCAUUUCUUCUGUGAAGUUCCUGCUCUUUUGAAACUAGCGUGUGCUGAUACUCAUGUGAAUGAGGCUGAGCUCAACGUGCUGGGGGCGCUGCUGCUUCUGGUGCCCCUCACCCUCAUCCUGGGCACCUAUGUGCUCAUUGCUCGGGCAGUAAUGAGGAUCCGCUCUGCUGAAAGUCGCUGGAAGGCCUUCAAUACCUGUGCUUCACACCUGCUGGUCGUGUCCCUCUUCUACUUCACAGCCAUCAGUAUGUACGUCCAGCCUCCCUCUAGCUACUCUCAUGACAGGGGGAAGAUCAUGGCUCUCUUCUAUGGGAUUGUCACUCCCACACUCAAUCCAUUUAUCUACACACUGAGGAACAAGGACGUGAAAGCUGCCCUGGGAAGGGCACUGACCAAGGAGUUCUGGGUCAAGACAGGAUGA